AUCCAAAGAAUCAUUCCAUCUUCAAAAUCUUGUUGACAAUGCGCAACGAGUAAUGCAUCCCGAUAUCUCUCCCUCAAGAUAACCCGAACAACGCUUUCGCCGACCCGUUGGAUUUCGUGGAAUUCACGGAUCAUUUAAGUAGUUUUUCACUCAAAUAACGGUGAGAUAACCGAAUCCAAUCGUGCGAUGGAUUGAAUGUCAUCGAGGCCGAAGUGAUCAACUACUUCCCAUAAUCCUAAUUUGGAUGCCUAAUGCUUCAUCAAAAACUUGUAAUUAAGCCCAAAAAAAAGAGAGCGGGGGGGCGGGGUGGUUCUCAUCAGUUAUGAUUGCUUAUUAUCUGUUGAAUAACCUUCUCGAAAAUGGCUGCCCUGUAGAGCAAGUUAGCUUCUUACCUCCCCCCCGCCCCCGCGAAACCCAUUUAUGGCUUUCUUCUCCUCUCCGUCUCCUUAAGCUCCACCAGCUCCAUCGCCAAUUCACUCUGAAUAUUUUUCACAACCAUGGAAGGAAUUAUCGCUAGAAGGGUCAUACCUUCCGACAACAGCUGCCUUUUCAAUGCUGUCGGCUAUGUCAUGGACCAUGACAAAACCAAAGCUCCCGAGUUGAGACAGGUUAUUGCCGCUACUGUGGCGAGCGAUCCAGCAAAAUAUUCUCAGGCAUUUCUUGGGAAGAUCAACGAAGAAUAUUGUGCUUGGAUUCUUGACUCGGAGAAAUGGGGAGGUGCAAUCGAGCUUGCUAUUCUAGCCGAUUACUAUGAACGUGAAAUUGCAGCAUAUGACAUUCAGACCACAAGAUGUGAUCUGUAUGGUCAGGAUAGGAAGUAUGCUGAGAGGGUUAUGCUGAUUUAUGAUGGGCUUCACUAUGAUGCUUUAGUGAUGUCUCCCUUUGAGGGGGCUCCUGAGGAGUUCGAUCAGACCAUAUUUGCUGUGCAGAAGGAUAGAACAAUUGGCGCAGUAGAGAGCCUUGCUCUUAACUUUGCCAGGGACCAGCAAAGGAAAAGGAGUUUUACAGACACUGCCAACUUCACAUUGCGCUGUGGAGUGUGCCAAAUCGGCGUGGUGGGUCAAAAGGAAGCUGUGGAGCACGCACAAGCUACAGGCCACGUCAAUUUUCAAGAAUACAGAUAACAGCAAGUUCUUGAGUUGAUGAUGGAUUCUCGUCAGGACUUCUUUCUCGUGCCGAUUGUUGUACCCUGUACUUUUUUAGUUUUGAUGAAUUUGUUGAGAAUCACUAUGUACUUACUACUUGCGAUAAAAACAUGUGGUUGUCAUGUUUGUUUCGGGUU